GCGCCCAGCAGGUCACCUCUCCCCCGUGGGCCCCCAGCGCCGCCCCCUCCUGCAGGCAGCGGGACCCAGGCCGCAACGCCCGCCGUCCGCUUCUCCUCUCGGCGCAGGCGCGGCAGCUUGGCCGGAGAGCGGCGCGGUCUCAGAGGGGAGUGGACGCUGCUCGCGAGGAUGGUGCUGGAGAGCGUGGCCCGUAUCGUGAAGGUGCAGCUCCCCGCCUAUCUAAAGCGGCUCCCUGUCCCCGAGAGCAUUACCGGGUUCGCCCGUCUCACAGUUUCAGAAUGGCUUCGGUUAUUGCCUUUCCUUGGUGUACUUGCACUACUUGGCUACCUUGCAGUUCGUCCAUUCCUCCCGAAGAAGAAACAACAGAAGGAUAGCUUGAUUAAUCUUAAAAUACAAAAGGAAAAUCCCAAAGUGGUGAAUGAAAUAAACAUUGAAGAUUUGUGUCUCACUAAAGCAGCUUAUUGUAGGUGUUGGCGUUCUAAGACGUUUCCUGCCUGUGAUGGUUCACAUAAUAAACACAAUGAGUUAACAGGAGAUAAUGUGGGUCCACUAAUACUGAAGAAGAAAGAAGUAUAAUAGUAAUGAAUUAGGAUUGAGUUCAGUUGUGUUCUGUAAAAUCUCCUAAUAAUACUUUUUCAUUCUUUGUGUAUAGAAGAUCUUUCAAAUGGUGGUCUUAAUUAUUGCUAUUGGUUGAGUAAUUAUUUCUACCAAUUUAUUUUCUUGCUACACUACUGUUUAUAUUUGAUACUUUGUAUAUUCAAACAAUCAUUUAUAUAGAAAUUAAAUUGUACAACCCUUUCAUUCUUACUUCAAAGACUUAAUGUUAUUUUCCUAAAUAAAUCAACACUCUUGGUUUUAAUUGAGAAAAAUCUAAGUUUUUGGCAGUGUGUCCAAAGCUAUUCCUUUGAAUAUCAAUAUUUUCAAUAGAAUCUACACUUAGAAAUUUUCUCUGUGCACUAUUAAAUAUAUUGUUUUCCAGUCCUCUUCUGUGAUUUUUCCUCUUUGGCCUUCCACACUCUGUUCUUUUUAGAUCAGUAAGAAACAUGUUGCUCUCAAGAAUUACUUGAGUUUUCAAAGAGAUAAAUGCUUUGCUUUUAUAAAGAUUGUGUCUAGUAAGUGUGAAUAUCCCAGUUUCAGAAAAGACUUGAACUGGAUAAAGAAAGUUCCAAAAAGGAACAGUUAUUUACAUUAUAAAAAAUGUGUUUACUUUACAAAA